AUGGUUUUAGGCCAUACGGGGGAGGUGUUUGCGACGAGGUUCGAUCCAACCGGUCAACACAUCGCAUCUGGUGGAAUGGACAGGUCAAUAUUGUUAUGGCGAACGUACGGGCAAUGCGAAAACUACGGAGUGAUGACCGGACACAAAGGCGCUGUCUUAGACUUACAUUGGUCUCGCGACUCUCGUAUUAUCUUUUCCGCGUCUGCAGAUAUGACUCUCGCUAGCUGGGACCUUGAAUCUGGAGAAAGGAUACGUCGGCACGUUGGCCAUGAAGAAGUCAUCAACUGCCUUGAUCUCAGCAAGCGCGGACAAGAGCUCCUAAUUAGCGGCAGCGAUGAUGGAUGUAUUGGAAUUUGGGAUCCCCGGAAGAAAGACGCGAUAGAUUUUCUGGAGACUGAAAUGCCCAUCACGGCGGUUGCAUUGGCCGAGGCUGGAAAUGAAAUUUACAGCGGCGGCAUCGAUAACGAUAUUCACGUUUGGGAUAUUCGAAAACGAUCGAUCGUAUACUCCAUGAUUGGCCACACAGAUACGGUUACAUCUCUACAGAUUUCGCCGGAUUCGCAAUCGUUGCUCUCAAAUUCCCAUGAUUCCACUGUUCGAACGUGGGAUAUCCGACCGUUCGCGCCGGCAGAUCGACACAUCAAGACCUAUGACGGCGCAACGACAGGCCUCGAGAAGAAUCUCAUUAGAGCCAGCUGGUCGCCUAACGGAGAAAAGAUUGCUGCGGGAAGUGGGGACAGAAGUGUGGUGAUUUGGGAUACAAAGUCAGCGAAGAUUUUAUAUAAGCUUCCAGGCCACAAGGGAGUUGUCAAUGAUGUGCGCUUUGCGCCAAAUGACGAGCCCAUAAUCGUUUCGGGAUCGUCCGAUCGUUGCAUUUUCCUUGGCGAGAUUAGCAAAUAA